AUGCAGGUCAGGCAGGAGCUACAGUGUUCCUGCAGGUCAGGCAGGAGCUACAGUGUCCCUGCAGGUCAGACAGGAGCUGCAGUGUUCCUGCAGGUCAAGCAGGAGCUACAGUGUCCCUGCAGGUCAGACAGGAGCUACAGUGUCCCUGCAGGUCAGGCAGGAGCUACAGUGUCCCUGCAGGUCAGGCAGGAGCUACAGUGUUCCUGCAGGUCAGACAGGAGCUACAGUGUCCCUGCAGGUCAGGCAGGAGCUACAGUGUCCCUGCAGGUCAGGCAGGAGCUACAGUGUUCCUGCAGGUCAGACAGGAGCUACAGUGUCAGGAAGGUCAGGCAGGAGCUACAGUGUCCCUGCAGGUCAGGCAGGAGCUACAGUGUCCCUGCAGGUCAGACAGGAGCUGCAGUGUUCCUGCAGGUCAGGCAGGAGCUACAGUGUCCCUGCAGGUCAGGCAGGAGCUACAGUGUCAGGCAGGUCAGGCAGGAGCUACAGUGUCCCUGCAGGUCAGGCAGGAGCUACAGUGUCAGGCAGGUCAGGCAGGAGCUACAGUGUCCCUGCAGGUCAGGCAGGAGCUACAGUGUCAGGCAGGUCAGGCAGGAGCUACAGUGUCCCUGCAGGUCAAGCAGGAGCUACAGUGUCAGGCAGGAGCUACAGUGUCCCUGCAGGUCAGGCAGGAGCUACAGUGUCCCUGCAGGUCAGGCAGGAGCUCUUUUGCUUCAGGUGAGGUCAGGAGGAGAAAAUAAUUCUGAUCAAGAUCAGGAAGAACUUAAGAAGAAACUUGCGGAUGUCGGGAUCGAUCCACAUGUCUGGUUACCUAAACUGCGGGAGGAGCUUAACAUUACCAGAGCACAAGCUUUACAACAUGUGGGCUUCAAGGACUAUCAAAAAUUAGAACAUUGCUGUAAGCAGGAGUGGGAAAAAAAGGCCCUUAAAAAACUAUUCAAUAUACAAGAGAGGCAGAAUCAGUCAAAACAGCUGCAGGAUGAGCGGUUAGAGGUGUUUAAAAAGAGACAAGAGGAGGCCAGGCUUGCACUGACAGAGCUUCAACAGAUGCAAGAAAAUGGAAGAAAUCGCAAUGAUGCCAUUGUGAAGGAGAAAGAACAGCAGCUUCAGUCAGCCUUACAGGUACCCAAAGAAUACUGGGUGCGUUCUGGGGUACCGCUGAAGGACUUGAUAGAGAGCAUGCAUAAUCAAUCUGAAAGAUCCAUACCACUACAGAACAAGAAGAUUUCGGGUUUACUAAAAAGACUGGGGCUUCAGGACUACUAUCCAAAGAAAAUGACAACACCAGAUAUCCUUGUGAUUGACAAAUCAUCUUUAGAAGAAUGCCAGCCCUCCACAGAACAGGAAUUGUCAUUUUUGUUCCUGCAGAAGCUUUUGAUGUUGGAUUACAGAGCAAGGGACAUGUUUUGCACAGUCAAAAGCCAUGCAAACCAAACCCUACGCAGUGUUCCAAAUGUGACAGGGAAAAUGAACGUUGCUGACUUUUUUAGUAAAAGCAAUACAGGAAAACCUGUCACUACUGAAGGUGAACCAGAACACAUUCACCCCAUGGAUAUUCAAAUGGCAAUUUUUCACUGUGCAGACAGUUUUUUGUGGCAGUACAUUUCAACAAAGCUUUCAUUUUGUCAGUAUGCACUUCCUUGUUUGGUGCCCAACCCCUUCACAUCACAAAUAGAAUUUCCUUCAUGGUCUUUUGUGCAACUUAAGAAGAGCUGGAAAUGUUCUGGUAAAUCUGGUCAGCAAAGCAAGACUGGCAAGAGCAAAAGCCAUUCACUUUACGAAGCUGAACUUCCUACUGUGUCGUUCAUACGGUUUGGUCGUUCUUCAUCAUCGAAGUCUCAGAUCUUGAAUGCUUUAAUGAACGCUCAAAAGCACCAUACCUUUUUCCACAGGCACUGCAAAGGCAGUAGUGCAACUGGUCUUUUAAUGGAUGGUGUUGUGGAAAUAUCAUGGUAUUUCCCAGGGGGUAAGGACGAUGAUGUAUUUGAUGACUGUGUUGCAUUCACUAAUCUUCAUGGAGAUGCAAGACAACAUGAGAAACAGUUAGAAUUUUUAUUCAAGGCUGCAACAAUCAAUGUAGUUCUUCUCACAGACUCUGAUCUAAAUGAAAAAGGCAAUGCUAUUUUACAGGAACUUUUGAAUUCUCCGAAGCCCCUAAUCUGUCUUUGUGCUGACAGGGAAGUCAUUUCAGAAGAACAACAUGGGACAAAAGUAAAAAUAGGAGCUAAGAGCAGAAAUGAGGCUGACCUUGUUGAGGAUCUUGUAACAACAGUGAAGCGUCUAUUGGGCACCUCGAAACAUACAUCCAGCAUUAAGACAUGCACAGGUAUUGCUAGGAAGCUUGGAUUUUUGAUUGAUGAAGACAAUGAACACUGCAAGGAGGGUAAGUCCUUAGCAGAGGCAUUACUGGCACCACUGAGGAAUGAGAAGUUGUCCGUCAUUAAAGAAAAGUACCUACCACUUCAAGGGGAUCUGUGGCAUAAAUGGUGCAAGAAAAACAAGGAACUUACCCACUUACAGAUUAAAGGAAACAUAAGCAUUGAACAACACAAAAGUAAUAUUGAACAGGAUAAAAAUAGCUUAAGAAAAAUUCAGUAUAGUAGAGCCUUCCCUCUGAACAAUCUAAUUAAAACAUUUCUUAUGAAUCUGAAGUCAAACUCUGACGCAACGAAAAUGUUUUUUCUCAAAUGGAUGGAAAUGUUUUUACAUGAUCUUACAUCAGAUCAGCUUACUGUGCUUGAUGAAACACAGCAUAUUAAGUGGUCAGAGAUGCAAAAAUUAAAACAAAAAGGGAAAAACAUUGAGAGCUUCCGAAAGGAAUUGGAGGGGCUAUCUAAUGAGCGCAAUGCUUCUGCUUUUAGCCUUGAACACCUGUUAAGGGAAAUAGGUCAAAUUUAUGAAGCUUUGGAGUCCCUCUCAAACAAAAAUGAUCUCAGGUUUUCUCUACCAGAAAUUGCUGCAGAUCUGAUGAUUUCUGGAUAUCCUGUUGAACUGAUGGAUGGGGAUGCUUCACACGUACCCUUGAAGUGGAUAAGCGCUGUUCUAGACAAAGUCAUUGAGAAACUUGGUGACAAAAGAGUCUUUGUUCUUUCUGUUCUGGGCAUUCAGAGCACAGGAAAGUCCACUUUGCUGAAUGCCAUGUUUGGACUCCAGUUUGCAGUGAGUGCAGGGAGAUGCACUCGAGGAGCGUUCAUGCAGCUGGUUAAAGUGAAGGAGGACCUGAGUCUACAGAAGAGCUUUGAUUAUGUUCUUGUAGUAGACACAGAAAGGCUUCGGACUUUAGAACUAGGUAAAUCAACCCUUAAUCAUGACAGUGAGCUAGCUACAUUUGUCAUUGGUCUUGGUAACUUGACCCUGAUCAAUAUAUUUGGAGAGAACCCCUCUGAUAUGCAAGAUGUUCUUCAAAUUGCUGUUCAGGCAUUUCUGAGAAAGAAGCAUGUAAAGCUGUCACCCAGCUGCAUGUUUGUGCACCAGAAUGUUGGAGAAAUCACUGCAGGAGAGAAAAACAUGGAAGGAAGGAGACGACUGCUGGAGAAAUUAGAUGACAUGACGUAUACAGCUGCAAAACAGGAGGUGUGUGAAGUUACUUGCUUUAGUGAUGUAAUCAGAUUUGAUGUUAACACACACAUUCAUUACUUUGCUCAUCUUUGGGAGGGCAAUCCACCAAUGGCACCUCCUAAUCCAAGUUACAGUGAAAAUGUUCAGAAACUGAAAUGGGUUCUGCUCUCAUCUGUGUCACAGCAAAAUACAUUAAAGAUCUCAGAGUUUAAAACACGCAUCCAAGAUCUCUGGAGAGCCCUUCUAGCAGAAAACUUUGUUUUUAGCUUCAAGAAUACCCCUGAGAUUGCAGCAUAUAGGAAAUUAGAGGAAAAAUAUGGAGAAUGGACUUGGAAGCUGAGAAGUCAUAUGCUUGAUAUUGAGAACAAACUUAACAAUCGAAUUGAGAAUGGCAAACUAGAAAGUGUGGAAAGAACAUACCUUGAGUCUGAAAUGCAGAAAGAAUACAAAGCUGUCACACAGGAGAUGGAAUGUUAUUUUUCUGAAGACAGAGAUCGAGAGAUACUGAUUCAAUGGAAAAUAAAAAUUGAACAGAAACUUGCCGAUGUUAAACAAGAGAUUAUUGGAGAAACUAAAAGAAAAUUUGAUGAACUAGUUAGGCUGAGGAAAAGUUGCUGGGAUUUAGAUGAAAAGAAAUCUAAAUAUGAAGAUGAACUGCUGAAACGGAGCAAAGGGCUGGCAUUGAGACUUAAAGCCAAAGAUCUGGAUGAAAAGAGACUAGAGAGGGAAUUUCAAGCAUUGUGGAUUGAUUGGGUCUAUGAAGUGUCAUCAGACAUGCCCCCUGUUAAAAAGACUGAUGUAAUAAUUGAGAAAGAGCAAAUUCUCAUUGAGCGUUUAGCAAAUGAAUCUGUUAAUUUGAGAAUGGAGAGAGGCUCAAAUCAAAGCUUACGCUCUGCCUUGGAUUUCUCAGAGUACAUACUAAUGAAGAAAGAACCUAUUAUUAAAAAACUGAAUCCCUUUGCUGCACGCACCACAAAAGAAGAAGCGAACCAGCUUACCAUAAAACUGACACAAGACAUAAUCCACAGUAUUACUGAAAGCAUUAAAGAGAAGGAGCGUGCCAGUGUUGAUUACAGUCCAAGCUUCAUACAUGAAAUAAUAAAUAACAUAGUGAAGGAAAUACAAGAUUUUCAAUCUAAGGAAAAAAGAUUUGUAUUUAAUAAUGAUUACGAAACAGAUUUAUGUUUAAUGUUAUGUGAUCAAGCAGCACAGAGUUUUCAAAAAAUGCAUGAUGCAUUCCAAAAAGCUAAUGAUCCACGUACUUACCUUACAAGUAAGAAAGAGGGAUACUUCAGUAUUUUCAGGACCUUCUGCAGGGGUGCGACAUCCACCACUGUGUUGGCUGACUUUGUAGGUAACAAACUAAAAGAGGCAAUCCGUCAGGCGGUGUAUAAGAAGACUUCUAAAGACAUAGCGGGAGAAAUGAGGGCCGACAAUCCUGCCUUCAACAGCAAUAGAUCUAAUCUGGAAAACCACAUUCUGGCAUCACUGGCAGAUGAGGACAACUUUGACAAGUUCAUGAAAUACAUUCAUUUUCCAAAACAGCAUUUUGAAGAAUUUAUUAGCCAAUCAGUUGACAGAUAUUGCUGGAGUGGGGAAAAUCCCAGAAUACUACAAGUCUUCAGAGAAAAUCUUGACAGCUUCAACAGCAGUGUUUUCUGCACAAUUUCUAAAUCAACAAAAGUGGUUCAAGACAAAAAUGGUGAUGUUCCAAUGUGGCUGGAUGAGUUUUGCAGUGAACUCAAAGAUGACCUACAGUUUGCAAGAAGUGACCUGAAAAGUGUUGAAUAUCAGGACAUCAAGGACAUCAAUUUCCUUAAAGAAGCAAUGGCUACAGUGCUGGAAAAUGUUGUUGCAGACUUAAGGAAAGACUUUAGUAUGAAAUCUUCAACAAACAAGGAGGCAUCUAGGACAAAAACACAAGAAAUUCUGUUUAAACAACUCUGCGGAUGUUGGGAGCAGUGCCCGUUUUGCAGCGCCAUGUGCACAAACACAAUCUCAGGUCAUGAUGGAGAUCACAGUGUUACCUUCCAUCGCCCUCAAGGAAUAUCUGGUGUUAAAUGGCAUAAAACUGACAAUCUUAUUACUGAUAUUUGCUCUAGCCUUGUAGGAAGUGACUGUAGAUUGUUAGUGAGUGAAGACAACAUAAUUCCUUUCAAAAAUUACAGAGAAGCUGGGCCCAGGCAUGCAAAGUGGAACAUCACACCAGACAGCUCAUCACAACUGUAUUGGAAAUGGUUUGUGUGUCAUUUCCAGACAAACUUGGAAGAAAAGUAUUCAAUGAAGUUUAAUGGACUGGGUGAGAUUCCAGAUCAAUGGAAGACCAUUACAAAAACUGCAGCUAUUGAAAGCUUACAAUAAUGGAUGAGUUCAAAGCCAAAAUAACGUGAUUGAGCCGUGAACUGGAGGCACAAGACAUCUUGUAAGGGAGCUUUUAAAAUGACAAGUUGCAGUCUUAUUACUGUUAGGUCCAGUUUACUACAACAAAUAUGUUACUGUAGAAGAAAAAACAUUAGUUCAGUACAUGACCUAAUAAAAGAAAUGGACGAAGCCUGUUUUAACAUUAGUUUAGUUUGUGCAAAGCUUAAAGUAGAAAUACUGGAAUGUACCAGGGUAUAGUUCAACUAUAAUAUAUGCUGCUUUUAAUUUAGUGACGUUUUGUGUUUGUUGAUCUGAGUUCAGUAGAAUGAAAGAUGCUAAGCUACAUUUUAAUUUAGUGACGUUUUGUGUUUGUUGAUCUGAGUUCAGUAGAAUGAAAGAUGCUAAGCUACAUUUUAAUUUAGUGACGUUUUGUGUUUGUUGAUCUGAGUUCAGUAGAAUGAAAGAUGCUAAGCUACAUUUUAAUUUAGUGACGUUUUGUGUUUGUUGAUCUGAGUUCAGUAGAAUGAAAGAUGCUAAGCUACAUUUUUACUGUAAUUUCUGCUUGCCAAUAUAAUUUAGUUAUAAUUAAAUAAGCAUUUCCUUAACCUAAUCAGAAGAAUGGUUGAGUUGACUAUUUCUAUAGUAGGUAUCUCUUUUUUAACAUUCAAUUUUAGCUCAAUACAAUAUAUCUGCAGUGUUAAAGUGUGCAUUUAAUUGAAAGUGUAGCUAAUACUAUGCAUGUACAGUUACAGUGUAUGAACGCGUUUUCAAAGCACACACACACACACACACAUAUAUGCUUGCUGCUUUACACAUUUGUUUUUCAGGCACUCACUAAACACAGUAACAAAUCAAUCACUUUCUCGAGUAGAGUAUUUGACUGGGGUUCUUCAUUGAAAUGUGAUGAAACCUGGUAAUUGUACAACAUGCUGUGCCACUGUCAGUUUGAUUCGUUUCUAACCAGCUGAGCUGAUGACACACCGUUAUUGAGUGUAGCAGAGAUACUGGAAUCCAAAGUCAACAAUCAGAAAUCAUAGAGAUACUGGAAUCCAAAGCAACAAUUGGAAAUCGUAAGGGAUGUUCUGGGAUUUUCUUUGGUUAGCCGCUGGUCAGAAGCAAAGAAUACAUUGCACAAUUAAUGAAGUUUCAAUAAAGAAUUUGAGUUGGCUAAAAAAACAUGUUACUCCAAAUGAUGAGUUUUUUAAUAAACAUUAAGGAGGAGGAAGCCUGUAUGACUAGAAAGUUAAAGUAAUGCAUUAUGCAGUGGCAAAGCAACAUGGGGGAUUCAUGUUACUGUGCUGGGUUAUUAUUUACCAUUAAGUUUGUCCUCUCUAAUAAAAAUAGCUGGUUUAUGAUCUUGUUUCUGAGGUGUGAACACAGUCUCUGGAGUAAAUAUCAUACAAAUAAGUAUAAGAAAUGUUUUGUAUUCUCUUCUGCUCUCUCUCUUGUAACUGCAUGCCGUAGUGACGUCAUUGUUUAUAUGUUUGACAAGUACCAUGACAGUGUAAUGCAUGUAAUAAUAACUCCUAUGUACUCAGAUUCCUUGAAUAAAACCUUAGCAGCAAUUAAUUUACAAUUA